AAAUGGAUCAGUCCAAAUCCAAGAUGGAGCCGAAUCGAGAAAAAGAACAUCUCCUUGCUCUAAAAGUGAUGCGGCUGACCCGGCCCACCUUCCUCCACGUGACCCCCAUCACCUGUGAUGACAGGGACCUGCCAGGCACAACGUUUUCCCAGGUAGUCCGGUCGGACAUGGCGAGUUCUGUAGGUCUGGAGGAGUUCGCAAUGGGAGAGCUGCUGACUCUGCCUCAGAACUUUGGGAACAUCUUCCUGGGCGAGACGUUCUCGUGUUACGUCUGUGUUCACAACGACAGCACCCAGCUGGUCAAGGACAUCAUGGUCAAGGCCGACCUUCAAACAUCCUCCCAGAGACUGACCUUGUCGGGGGGCAGCAGUCCACCGAUCCCGGAGCUCGGUCCAGAGGGCAGCAUCGACGAGGUCAUACACCAUGAGGUCAAGGAACUAGGAACACACAUCCUGGUCUGUGCAGUCAGCUACACAACUCAGUCUUCUGAGAAAAUGUACUUCAGAAAAUUCUUCAAGUUCCAGGUCCUGAAACCUCUGGAUGUGAAAACCAAGUUCUACAAUGCCGAGUCGGAUGAGGUAUACCUGGAGGCACAGGUACAGAACAUCACGGCAGCUCCGAUGGUUAUGGAGAAGGUUUCACUGGAACCCUCCCCAUCUUACAGUGUGUCAGAACUCAACACUGAGGAAAAGGCAGGUACCUCCAUAUUUGGGACGUCGGUGUACCUGAACCCCAAGGACAUCCGGCAGUACCUGUACUGUCUCAAACCCAAGGCAGAGGUCGGAGCUCCACGGGGGGUCCUUAAAGGGGUGACGAACAUCGGGAAACUGGACAUUAUCUGGAAAACCAACAUGGGGGAAAAGGGACGACUGCAGACUAGUCCACUACAGAGGAUGGCCCCGGGCUAUGGAGACAUCCGACUGACAGUAGAACAGAUCCCAGAUGGAGUCCCCAUGGAGAAACCCUUCAACUUCAAGUGCAGGGUCACCAACUGUUGUGAGAGAACAAUGGACCUCCUGCUACUCCUGCAAAACAAUGGCACCAGCGGACUGUACUGGUGUGGUCUGUCUGGGAAACAACUUGGCAAACUGGGCCCCAACACUAACAUGGAACUCAACCUCACACUACUGGCCUCAGUACCAGGCCUACAGAGCAUCUCUGGCCUGCGUCUGACGGACACGUACCUAAAGCGGACGUACGAACACGAUGACAUCGCUCAGAUAUUCGUGUACUCGGACCAGGAAGAACCGUCUUAGAUCUGCAAUCUUCUCAUUGUAUAGCAAACUACCGAGUCAUACUGGGCACUGGUUUAAAUUUGGGAAGUCAGUAUUGUAUCCAGAGCUGUGUCUGAAUGGGUUAGGGUUAGGAUCAGGCACAGUUCUGGAUAGUUUCUAUCGUAUCCAGACUGUUCUGUUCCUAUCUAGUUCUAUGCCUGAAUGGAUUGUUUAGGGUUAGGAUGCAGGCACAGUUCUGGAUAGUCUCUGUGUAUCCAAGAAUGUAGAUUUACCCCAGAAAUGGUUCUUGAGACACAUAGUUCUGGAUAAAGCACAGUCCUGGAUGCAAGUGUCUAACAUUGGACAUUUGGUAAAUUAAAUGUAAUCACAUAAAGUUUUAUCCUAAUUAUGAAUUUGAAUGUAAAUUAUACUGUUAAGUGACUGUGACUAUCACAGUUUGUACAAAUGUCUUAAUCAUGCUAACAUCACAACAUUCAUCAUUAUAAAAAAUCAUUGAUGUC